ACUCUUGGCGAGGUUUUGUACAGUUUGCUCCGGGAGCUGUUUCUUCGCUUCCACCUUUUUCUCCCCCACACUUCGCGGCUUCUUCAUGCUUUUUCUUCUCACCAUUUCUGGCCAAAACUACAAACAAGACUUCGCAGAUCGAGCCUGCGUGCUGCCGAAGCAGGGCGCCGAGUCCAUGCGAACUGCCAUCUGAUCCGCUCUUAUCAAUGAAGCAGCCGAUCAUGGCGGAUGGCCCCCGGUGCAAGAGGCGCAAACAAGCCAAUCCCAGGAGGAAAAACGUGGUGAACUAUGACAAUGUAGUGGACACGGGUUCUGAAACAGAUGAGGAGGACAAGCUUCAGAUUGCUGAGGAGGACGGGAUUGCUAACCCUCUGGACCAGGAGAGGAGUCCCGCCAGCGUGCCCAACCAUGAGUCCUCCCCACAUGUGAGCCAAGCUCUGCUGCCAAGGGAGGAAGAGGAAGAUGAGAUAAGGGAGGGUGGAGUGGAGCACACCUGGCACAGCAGUGACAUUCUGCAAGCCUCUGUAGACGGUCCAGAAGAAAUGAAGGAAGACUAUGACACUAUGGGGCCGGAAGCCACGAUCCAGACCACAGUUAACAAUGGUACAGUUAAGAAUGCAAAUUGCACAUCAGACUUUGAGGAAUACUUUGCCAAAAGAAAACUGGAGGAACGCGAUGGCCAUGCAGUCAGCAUCGAAGAGUACCUUCAGCGCAGCGACACAGCCAUUAUUUACCCAGAAGCCCCCGAGGAGCUGUCUCGCCUUGGCACGCCAGAGGCCAAUGGGCAGGAAGAAAAUGACCUGCCACCUGGAACUCCAGAUGCUUUUGCCCAACUGCUGACCUGCCCCUACUGCGACCGGGGCUACAAGCGCUUGACAUCGCUGAAGGAGCACAUCAAGUACCGCCACGAGAAGAAUGAGGAGAACUUUUCCUGCCCUCUUUGCAGCUACACGUUCGCCUACCGCACCCAGCUCGAGCGGCAUAUGGUGACGCACAAGCCAGGGACAGAUCAGCACCAAAUGCUGACCCAAGGAGCAGGUAAUCGCAAGUUCAAAUGCACAGAGUGUGGCAAGGCCUUCAAAUAUAAACACCACCUGAAAGAACACCUGCGAAUUCACAGCGGUGAAAAACCAUACGAGUGCCCCAACUGCAAGAAACGUUUCUCCCAUUCUGGUUCCUACAGUUCACACAUCAGCAGCAAGAAAUGCAUUGGUUUAAUCUCUGUAAAUGGCCGGAUGAGAAAUAAUAUCAAGACGGGCUCCUCCCCUAACUCUGUUUCUUCUUCUCCGACUAAUUCCGCCAUUACCCAGUUAAGAAACAAAUUGGAGAAUGGAAAACCACUGAGUAUGUCUGAACAAACAGGCUUGCUUAAAAUUAAAACAGAACCACUAGACUUCAAUGACUAUAAAGUUCUCAUGGCCACACACGGGUUUAGUGGCACUAGUCCCUUCAUGAAUGGUGCACUUGGAGCCACCAGCCCUUUAGGAGUCCAUUCAUCUGCUCAGAGUCCAAUGCAGCACUUAGGUGUAGGGAUGGAAGCCCCCUUGCUCGGAUUUCCCACCAUGAAUAGCAAUUUAAGCGAGGUACAAAAGGUUCUACAGAUUGUGGACAACACAGUUUCCAGGCAAAAAAUGGACUGCAAGGCCGAAGACAUUUCAAAGUUGAAAGGUUAUCACAUGAAGGAUCCAUGCUCUCAACCCGAGGAACAAGGAGUUGCUUCUCCUAAUAUUCCACCUGUGGGUCUUCCAGUAGUGAGUCAUAACGGUGCCACUAAAAGUAUUAUUGACUACACGCUUGAAAAAGUCAAUGAAGCCAAAGCUUGCCUCCAGAGCUUGACCACUGACUCGAGGAGACAGAUCAGUAACAUAAAGAAAGAGAAGCUGCGUACUUUAAUAGAUCUGGUCACCGAUGACAAAAUGAUGGAGAACCACAACAUAUCCACUCCCUUCUCAUGCCAGUUCUGCAAAGAAAGUUUUCCUGGCCCCAUUCCUUUGCAUCAGCAUGAACGUUACCUUUGUAAGAUGAAUGAAGAGAUCAAGGCAGUCCUGCAACCUCAUGAAAACAUAGUCCCCAACAAAGCCGGAGUUUUUGUUGAUAAUAAAGCCCUCCUCUUGUCAUCUGUACUUUCUGAGAAAGGAAUGACAAGCCCCAUCAACCCAUACAAGGACCACAUGUCUGUACUUAAAGCAUACUAUGCUAUGAACAUGGAGCCCAACUCUGAUGAACUGCUGAAAAUUUCCAUUGCUGUGGGCCUUCCUCAGGAAUUUGUGAAGGAAUGGUUUGAGCAACGAAAAGUCUACCAGUAUUCAAAUUCCAGGUCACCAUCACUGGAAAGGAACUCCAAGCCGUUAGCUCCCAACAGUAACCCUCCCACAAAAGACUCUUUGUUACCCAGGUCUCCCGUGAAACCCAUGGACUCAAUAACAUCGCCGUCAAUAGCGGAACUCCACAACAGUGUUACGAAUUGUGAUCCUCCUCUCAGGCUAACCAAACCUUCCCA